AUGAGAGCCGAGAUCUUCCACCUCCUCGCCGGCUGCCUCUGCCUGUUGCGCGCCGCUGCUGCUGCUGAGUCUCCUCUCCCCCGGGAGCUGCUGGAGCGACUCUCCCGCAGCGACAUCCGCAGCAUCAGCGACCUCCAGCGGCUGCUCGAGUUAGACUCCGUAGAGAACGAGGUGAUCGAGGAGACCAAACACAACUACCACAAGGACUUCUCCCACAGCUUCCUCGACCUGAAGAGUGCACACACGCACACCAGACACAGGCGGAGCACUGUGGUGGAGGAGGCCAUGCCGGCCGGCUGCAAAGUGCGGACCACGAUCUAUGAGAUCCCCCGGAGCCAGGUGGACCCCACCUCGGCCAACUUCCUCAUCUGGCCGCCCUGCGUGGAGGUGAAGCGCUGCACCGGCUGCUGCAACACCAGCAACAUGAGGUGCCAGGCGGCUCGCAAGCACCACCGCACGGUCAAGGUAGCGAAGGUGGAGUACGUGCGAAAGCGGCCGAAGUUGAGGGAGGUGCAGGUGAAGCUGGAGGAUCAUCUGGCCUGUAUGUGCACCAGCAAACGCCACAUCAGCCCAAACACAGGCACAGAUAACGGCAUCAGGUGAAGAGAGACGGAUGAAUGAAGGAGUGGAGAAGAGAAAAAUGGACGCCGGCCUGAAGCAGAACACAAAGACAAGCACCUUUUGCCUCUAACACCUUCACCACCUGGCAGCAGGGGACUGAACCAUUCCAUGGAAUAUAUAUCCUGAUCUCUCUGGAGGUUUGAUGGAGAAACUCUGAACCUCAACUCGACCUGACAGGACAAAACCGAGAGCGUCAAUCUGUGUCACACAGGAAGGAAUCUCAGACAGGGAGAGAGGGUUUUCCUCUCUUUGAUUCCUCGACGGAGAGAAGACGAGAUUAGAAAGUGGAAGCGCGGGGCCACGCAGCAGAAGAGAGAGAGGUGGAUUCUGGGAUACCGGAGGACUUAAUGUCUGCGUCUUGAGUAUAAACCGCUCAGUGACUGGGAUUAUAAACUGGGUGGAAUCCUUUUUCUAGAAACAGAGACUGGGAUUAGAUUUUGUACUCAAAGAUUUACAAAACACACACACACACGCAUAUACACACACAAUAUAUCCUCUUAUUUUUAUAACCUCUGAUUUUCUAUGGC